AUGGAUCCUAUGCAGACGCAGAAUAGAACAUCUUUUAGUGACGAUUGCCUCCCCCCCGAAGAGAAAUAUGAAUCACGAGAAGGCCUCUUUCAAUCGAUUAAUGCUUGGGCUGCCCCCAGAGGCUAUGCAUUUAUUAACGGAAGGUCCACCAAAGAAAGAAGCGGUAAACAAACGAUAACCUAUACUUGUGAUAGGCGUCGUAACCACCCUAUUAUUCAGAGAGAGCGGCGCAGGAAAACAACUACUCGCACAACUGGCUGCGAAUUCUCAGUUCUGGGCAAGGAGUCCUUGGACAAAACUACAUGGACCGUAAAGCAUCGGUCUGACAAACGAUUUUGUGUGCAUAACCACGACCCAAGUUGGGAUCCGACGGCACAUCCAAUACAUCGAACCCUCUCCAAGGAAGGUGCAUCCCAGGUAGCGACUCUUACAAAUGCGGGUAUAGCUCCAAAGGGCAUUAGGACAUAUAUCCGCCAAAACACAAGCUCUAUCGCAACACAGCAAGAUAUUUACAAUCGCAUUGCAGAUGCAAGACGAGAAGCCUGCGAAGGCCAGAGUAGCAUUAAUGCGCUUGCUAAUCAACUUUUCAAGGAAGGAUUCUGGAGUCAAUUCCAAACAGGUCCAGAUGACAGGGUCAAAGCUGUUCUAUUCGCCCAUCCUGAUUCAGUAUUUUACCUUCAGUCUUACCCGGACGUGCUUAUACUGGACUGUACAUAUAAAACAAAUAAAUACGGAAUGCCGCUUCUUGAUGUGAUUGGGGUCGACGCUUGCCAGCGGUCCUUUUGUAUUGCCUUUGCAUUCCUGGGCGGCGAGACAGAAGAGGAUUACAUCUGGGCCUUGGGUCGCUUAAACAUGCUAUUCGAAAGUCGCAAUAUUAAGCGUCCUGCUGUCAUUUUAACGGACCGUUGUCUCGCUUGUAUAAACGCUGUUGCCACCUGCUUCCCGUCCUCAGUUUCGCUUUUGUGUCUUUGGCUUGAUCCAUACAAGGAGAAGCUUGUUAAAGCCUGGGUUGAUCAGCAUCUUCACCUCGACAACGUGGUUACUUCACGAGUUGAGGGCAUUCAUGGAUUGCUAAAAAGCCAUCUGGAAGUAUCCACCCUAGACUUGUUCGAAGCUUGGAGAACAAUAAAGCUGGUAUUAGCAAAUCAACUAGUUGAGUUAAGGUCCAACCAGGCUAAGCAGCAAAUUCGCACUCCAAUUGAACUUUCUGGAGCAUUAUAUAGCACAGUCCAUGGCUGGGUAUCGCACCAAGCUCUGCGGAAAGUCGAAGAACAACGAAAGUUGUUGCUGAAGAAGGAUCCGCCUCCGUCGCGGACUUGUACCGGGUCUUUUACUCGAUCGCAGGGCCUACCGUGCGUUCACAAGCUAGAUGCUUUGUUGGCACAAGGCCAUGCACUGCAACUAGAAGAUUUCCACACACACUGGCGUCUGAUACGGAAAGACACUCCCAGGCUACUUCUCGAGCCUCGUAAACGUGUCGACUCGAUUGUGACAAAUUCAACGUUACCGUUGUCAAGCGUCCGAAGAGCGCAAAGCGGCUUUGAACUGGUCGAGAAAACAACGGCGGUCAGGCCGCCUUUAUGCAGCAAGUGCCAUAGACUAGGUCACACAAGGUCGUCCAGGGAAUGUCCUCUGAAAUAUGUAGAGCUCGAAAGCCAAAUGCCUACCGUGACAGGACACAGCCGGUCAAACUCCCAUCAAAGCAGACCAAUUACGACCUCAGAACAGCCACACGUAUCGUCAACAGUGUCAAUGCCUCUGCAGCAAGGACCAGGUCUAUCUUCUGAAAACAUGCUGUUGGGGCCAGGGUUGACCCCUGAAGGGCCAGUUUGUCGGACGGCAAUUAGUCCAGAAACCGGCAGACAAGGGAAAAGCACUGAGGGACAGUCGACGCAGCUUUCAACAGAAGCUACAGUUCGAUCGCUGGGAUCACUUGGUCACACGUCAUCACCUCUUCAAGGUCCUGUGUCACUUGGAGCAUUGAGGUCCAGAAUCUUGGUAGCAGAGGCAAUCCGUGGGAGUUCGUUUUUGCAUGCGAACAACCACGAAAGAAGUGUGGAGAACUGA